AUGAAUUCAAAAGCAAUCCCGCUUAUCAUUUAUGAGCGUGAAGGGUUCAGAGUAACCCCAGAAAGUCUUGAAUUUUUAAGAAAUCUUGAAGGCAAAGUAGGGGUUAUCGCAGUCGUCGGAAAAUACCGCACUGGGAAAUCAUUUUUGCUGAAUCGUGUAAUUCUAGACAAUCGAGACGGUCAAGGCUUUGGUGUUGGCCCUACCAUUAAUGCUUGUACAAAAGGUCUGUGGGUAUGAAGUGAGCCAGUCGAAAUAGAAAACAGCGAAGGGGAAAGAAUGAAAGUUCUGGUAAUUGACAGCGAAGGACUAGGAGCUUUUGACGAAGAUGCAAAUCAUGAUACCAGAAUCUUUUUACUUGCUUUACUACUCAGCUCAUAUUUCGUGUACAACAGUGUUGGCACUAUUGAUGAAAACGCUUUACAAAACUUGUCUUUAAUCGUCAAUUUAAGCAAACAGCUUCAAAUCAGGUCUAGCCAAGGUCCUACAAAUCCUGACGAAAUCGCUAACUAUUUUCCUUCAUUUUUGUGGGUUUUAAGAGAUUUCGCCCUAAGGCUAGUUGAUGGAGAAGGGAAUCCAAUUUCUGCAAGAAAAUAUUUAGAAAAUGCCUUACUCCCCCCCCUCCUUUAAAUUGAAACAAAAAAUUUUGUUUCAAUUUAAAAGGGGGGUUAAGAAAAUUUUUUUAUAAAAAAAUUUAUAUAUAAAAAUUUUUUCAGAGAUAAAAUUUUAUAGAAAAUAAAUUAUAUAAAUUUAAAGAGACAAUAAAUUGAGUAAAUUAUAUUUAAUAACAUUAUAAUUUUAUGACAAUGCCUAUGUUUGAAGCAUAUUAAAUAGGGUAUUAACGUAUUUACAUAUAAAAUAAUGAUUUUUACCUAUAAAAUUUUCUAUUAUAAUAAAAUUUUGUUUCAAUUUAAAGGGGGUAAUUUCCCAAAAAAGUAGGAAUUUCACCUAUAUUUUGUUUCAAUUUAAAGGGGGGGGAGAGUUAGUUCUUCAAAAAGGGGUUAGUGAUAAUAUUGAAGCGAAAAAUAGGAUAAGGAGGCUUUUGAGCACUUUUUUUAAAGACAGGGACUGCUUUUCACUUGUGAGGCCAACGGAAAGAGAAGAUGUACUGCAGAAGCUUGAUAAUGCCCCAGAAGAAGUUUUUAGGCCUGAAUUUUUGUCACAAGCUGAGGAGUUAAAGAAAAAAAUUUUUACAAAAGUAAAACCUAAGACGUUAAACGGACAAAUGUUGACUGGAGAAAUGCUUGGACAACUGGCUAUAGCUUAUACUGAAGCAAUUAAUAAAGGUGGGGUCCCAAAUAUUGAAGGAGCUUGGACAUCAGUCUGCCAAGCUGAGUGCCAAAAAGGGGUAGAUGACUGUAUGAGAGAGUUUGAACAAGAAAUGAGAGAAAUUUCUAACUACCCUCUAUAAUAAAUAAUAUAAAUUUUCAUUUUUUCCUAAAGUUUUUUCAUUAGGUACCUUACUUUAAAUUUGUUUUCUCUAAAAUAUUCUAAAAUUGUAUAAGUUCUUGUAAUUAAAUGGGGGCGUAAGAGGCUUCCUUUAAAAGAAGAAGAAAUUUAUCAGCUGCAAGCUGAAAUUGGAAACAAACUUGUAAAAAAAUUUAAAGAAAAAGCUCUUGGAGACUCAGUCACAAAUUUUAAACAGCAGCUAAAGUUGAAGCUUAAAGAGCGAGCUCUAGUUUAUAAAGAAAAAAACGAAAGACUCUCUCAAGAAAGAGCCCAAAAAGAACUUGAAGCUUGGGGUGUAACUCUCCAAAACCAGCUAAAAAACAAAGAAAUCACCAAUUUCGCAGUCUUAAAAACUACUAUAGAAAGUUUCUCAAAAACAUUCAGAGCAGACUCAAUCACAAAAUCAAUGGAAAUAAAGUUGCUUGAGUAUCUAAUUCAGCUUUAUACAGAGUCAGCUGACUAUAUUUUAGCAUCUUCUCUAACCGAAAUCCAAAACGAAUGCCGAAGACUUUACCAGCAGCUUGAAUUUUCACAAGACCAGGUUAAUCGUAGAAAAGCUGAAUUUGAAGCUGAAAAAGACCAGCUGAAAAGAAGACUUGAAGAAUACGAAAGAGAAUUAUGCACGCUCAAAGCUUCACAAGCCACAAGUGCUGCAAGAAUGGAAGAUUUAAUUAGAGAAAAGAAAAGAAUUGAAGAAAGCUAUGAAGAAAGAAUACAGUAUUUAAAGGAAAAUACUAGUGAAAAGAUAGAAGACUUAAAGUCUAAAUACCAAGACGCCUCUGAGAAGCUUAAUUCUUUGCAAAAUUCUAGCCAAAAACAGAUUGCGGAUCUUCAGAGAGACAAUGCUUUGCUUACUCUCUUGGUAGCAAACUAUUAGAAAAAUCCCCUUGAGGAAUUAGCCUAAUUGAUUAGAGAGCAAAGUAAUUUUCUAAUAUAAAAAAAAAUAAAACAAUAAUAAUUUGUAUAUAAUUAUGAGAUUUUCCGCUAAUUCUAUUAAUUUUAAAGAUCUUACAUCGAUUUUUCAAAAAAUAAAUAUUUGGCUUAUGAGCAAGAUUUUUUUGCUUAAUAAAUAAGAAGGAGAGAGUCAGGCAAGAGCUGGAAUUUAUAAAAAAUGAAGAAAUUGAGUAUAAAAGAAGGAGAAACGAAGCUGAAAGCGAAGCAAAAGAACUUAGAAAUAAACUAAGAAACGCCCAAAGUGAGAAAACCGAUAGAUCAGAAAAAACCGAAAACAAUGAGCCAAAAAUUAUUUAUGAGACUAAUAAAUACCUGUCUUUUGCAUUUGAAAAACUAGAACUAAGAUGCCAGCAGCUUGAAGAAAAGGUAGAGAGGCUGAAAAAAUGCAAAAAAUUGAUAAAAAACUGUUCUGCAUUGCAGUGCAAAAUAUGUGGGAAAUAUCUGAAUUCUAACGUAUUUAGUGCUCAUGUGAUAGCUUGCCUUAGAGAUGGGCCUGCUUCUAUUGAUGGAAAAUUAAUGAUUGAAGUCCCACAGACCACAAUUCGUGACGAAGGCGGCAAGCCAUACACAGAAUAUGUAAUUUCUUUCUCUAAUAAAGCUAAAAGCUGGAACGUAUCAAGAAAAUACAAAAUGUUCUGCAACCUCCACAGCAGUUUGCAGCAGCAGUUCCCUCAUUUAAACUUGCCAGAGUUCGGGGCUGUUUUUUCUCAAAAUUCUUCAUCAAUAACUAGCAGAAAACCUACGAUUUUAGAAGAAAGGAAAAAAGGGUUCCAAAUUUACCUUACAGAGCUCUCAAAUAUGCCAAUAAUCAAGGAGUGUAUACCUUUUGGAAGGCUAGUUGACAUUUUUAUAUAAAAAAAAAUUAUUUAAAAGCCGGCUUACAAAAAUGCAUACAACUUUUAGAAAAUUCAUUGGAUUGGAUUUUGACCCUAUCCCUUCACAGAGAUAUCCCAAUCAAGAUACAACACCUCCAAGAGGCUAUAAAUCAAGAGGAAAAAGUGUAUAUGAUAUGGUUACGACAUCAAGGAUGUUUUCUGAUUCUUCUAGCCCUGUAUUGAGCCCAAUUACUAAUACUUAUGAUAUUGAUCAUUAA